AUGUCCGAAGUGAAGAGCCGGAAGAAGUCGGGGCCCAAGGGCGCGCCCGCGGAUCCCGGGAAGCGGAGCGAGGGCGGGAAGAGCGCCGAGGCGCGGGCCGGUGGAAGCGGGGGCUGGGCGGACCCCCGGACCGGCGUGAGCCUGCUGUCGCUGGGCGUGAGCCUGGGCCUGGCCUGGUUUGUAUUUCAACAAUCGGAAAAAUUUGCAAAUGUGGAAAACCAAUACCAGUUACUGAAAAUAGAAAACAAAGAAUUCCAAGGGCUGCAAAGUAAAAUCAGUUUAAUUUCAGAAAAGUGUCAGAAGUCUGAAGCUAUCAUGGAACAAUGGAAGUCUUUUCAAAUAAUUGCUCAUCUAAAGCAUCUACAGGAGGAGAUUUAUGAGUUGAAAACUUGGUCCAACAGGAUAACUGAAAAACAGGGCAUAGUGAACAACAAUUUGACAAUUCUUUCACAAGAUGUUACAAAAGUAGACCAAAGUACAACUUCCGUGGCAAAAGAUGUUGGUCUCAAGAUUACAACUAUAAAGACAGAUUUGCGCCGUAUUUCAGGUUUAGUAACUGAUACAACAUCAUUGACAGACUCUGUGCAAGAACUAGAAAGUAAAAUAGAAAAAGCAGAAAAAAAUACAGUAAAAAACAUAGGUGAUCUUCUUUCCAGCAGCAUUGACCGAACAUCAAUGCUCCGAAAGACAGCAUCUGAAAAUUCACAGAGAAUUAACUCAGUUAAGAAGAUCCUUUCGGAGCUGAAGAGUGACUUCAACAAGCACACAGAUAGGUUGUUAAGCUUAGAAAGUGACAGAGCUAAAGUUCUGAAGACAGUGACUUUUGCAAAUGAUCUAAAGCCAAAGGUGUAUAAUCUAAAGAAGGACUUUUCCCGUUUGGAACCAUUGGUAAAUGAUUUAACACUACGCAUUGGAAGACUUGUUGCUGACUUACUACAAAGAGAGAAGGAAAUUGCUUUCUUACAUGAAAAAAUAUCUAAUUUAACAAUAGUCCAAGCUGAGAUUAAGGAUAUAAAAGAUGAAAUAACACACAUUUCAGGUACGGAUUAG